AUGAGUGAUUGCAAGAAGAGCAGCUGGGCAAGCUUUGUGAGGAAUGCAGGGUAUUUAGUGCAAGGGUACCAGCGAAGUUUGUCUAGGAAGAUUUUCAGGACAGUGGCGGUGGUAACGAUGGUUCUUAUUUUUACCUUUUGGUAUAAAAAAUAUUUUUUUAUUUACAGAGCCAAGGAGGAUUUGAGGAUGGAAAAGAUAUGCUUGGAGUUUAUAAACAAAAGUGUCGACAAGUGUCUGGAGCACAGGUCACGAUAUGAACAGAACAAGGCGUUUGCAGCUAUCAAGACGCAUCUUCCACUGAUGCCUGUGAAGAUAACGCGAGCGAAUGCGGUGUUUCUGUAUACAUACAAGAAUCCGCACAUUGUGAUCAAGCGAUGCAUUGCGCCUGACUCGCCCGGCCUGUCUGAGGACGAGAUUCUGAUGAUGCUGGACAACAAGCAUGUUGUGAAGUCGUUUAAGUCGUUCAGGGAGAAAUUUGUAAAUAGAAAGGGAGAGGAGGAGACGAUUAUCUGGCUGUUUAUGGAGCAUAUGGAUCGGAAGGUGUCUCAGGAGAUCAUCCGAGGGGAUGAGAAUAGAAUACGCGAGGUUACCGAAGGGGUGUUACGCGGACUUAAGUAUCUACAUGAGCUUGGAAUAGCACAUCUUGACCUGAAGAUCUCGAAUGUGAUGGGGAAAGAGACAAAGGAUGGCGUGAUUUACAAGAUCAUUGAUCUUGGAUUUGCAAGACGAUUCAAGCCAGAGGACAGGAAUGCAGAGAUACAGAUACCUUCGAAGAGUUUUGGAACGUAUCCUUACAAACCGCCGGAGAUUUCGCAGUUGAAUGUGCAUGGGAUUAAAGGAGACAUCUGGAGCCUUGGGGCGAUUGUGUGGUUUUUGUCACUGAAGCAGACACCGUUUUACUUUGAUGAUGGCAAGAAGGAUGUGGAGAAGUGGAAGAUGUUUAUACGCGGAAAGCUGCCGCUGUUUUUCAGACAGAGUUCGUCUUUUGCGCUGAAGGACUUUGUAAGGAAGUGCAUGUCGUUUGAUAGGUUUUCGAGGCCAAGUGCAGUGGAACUUCUUGAACAUCCAUUUGUCCUGGGGCAGGCGAUGGCUGUGCAGGAUGAGGAUGAUGUGAACCUCAGUGAUGAUUUUUUGUCGAGUUCAGGAUACAGCAGCAUGGAGUAG